CUCGUGUCCUGGGGCGCCGCCGGGGCCCUGGUCUUCGGAGGGGUGGUGCCGUACAUCCCGCAGUACAGGGACAUCCGGAGGGCGCAGAACGCCGACGGCUUCUCCACCUACGUGUGUCUGGUGCUUCUGGUGGCCAAUAUCUUACGGAUACUCUUCUGGUUUGGGAGGCAUUUUGAGUCUCCUCUCCUGUGGCAGAGCAUAGUUAUGAUUCUGACCAUGCUGCUGAUGUUGAAGCUCUGCACUGAACUCCGCGUGGUGAAUGAACUGCACGUGAGGCACCGCUCCUUUGCAGACUUCGAUCCCCACCACUUCUGGCACUGGAGCAGCUUCUCAGACUACGUUCAGUGUGUCCUGGCCUUCACAGGUGUGGCGGGCUACAUCACGUACCUGUGCAUUGACUCGGCCCUGUUUGUGGAGACCCUGGGCUUCCUGGCCGUGCUGACCGAGGCCAUGCUGGGCGUGCCACAGCUGUACCGCAACCACCGCCAUCGCUCCACGGAGGGCAUGAGUGUCAAGAUGGUGCUCAUGUGGACAAGCGGUGACACCUUCAAGACAGCCUACUUCCUGCUGAACAGCGCGCCCCUGCAGUUCUCCGUGUGCGGCCUGCUGCAGGUGCUGGUGGACCUGGCCAUCCUGGGGCAGGCGUAUGCCUUCGCCCGCAGGAUGCCCGCACCCCAUGUGGCGCACCCUGCCAGUGCCAAGGCUCUCUGAAGAGGCAGGAAACAGGACGUGUGACCCUGGCCAUGGGUUCCGGCCGGCCCUGGCUUCCCUGCGUGGGGGUUGGGCACACGGGCCAGGCGGGUGUGGAGAGAUGGUAUCUGGGCAAUGGGUCUCCAUUCGUCUCUGCCUGGGGUUCUGGGGCAGGUGGGGCUGGGGCUGGGGUUUGUGUUACCACCUGAGGACAGCAGAGUGCAUCUCACACUCUGAGGCCAUGUGUCGGGUGUUUUUAAGGUGAUGGAAAAACCAAGUGUUUUCUCCCACUUCCUCUCUAAAACAUCUGGCUUGGACCUGAAAUAUGCUCAUCAACCCGGGAGAUGGCAACCUUAGGAUUGCUGAAGGUGCGGGGCCCUUGGGAGCCUUCUCCGAGUCUCGGACCAGCCUCUCAGAUCUGCCUCAGUGUGCAGGCUGGGCCCAAGGGGGCCUGCAGCCCACAGGCAGGACUCAUGUGCCGGGCAGGUGAGUCUUGAGGCUGGGGAUGUGGAGGUGAGAGGGAGAUGUGGCGUCAGAAGCCCACCAUGUCCUGUGAACAGAGCCUGUGGAUUCCAUGUGACCCCGACCAGACGCCCUAGAUGGACUGGGCAGCCCAAAGUCAGGGUCAGGGUUUCUCUUCCCUGGUACAUGUGGGAAUGAGGCCUUGAGGAUGCAGAGAGCCGACUGCCUCCUAGGGCUGGCCCUGCCACUGUCGUGCCCCACAGGGCCGAGACACCUGGGCGCUGCCCCUUCCUGGGAGAUGCUGUAUGGACUGUGCAGGGUGAGCUGUGCCUAUGCCUGGCCAGCCUUGCCGGAGCGAGCUCAGGCAUGUUCGAGUUAGAGCCAGUUCUCCUCGAGUCCAGAGGACACGGCAGGUGUGAGGAACCCCAGACCUUGUGGCAUGUGGCAAGGCUGAGGGGGUGGGUUCAAGGCUGUGCAGAUGCAGCCUGGCUACCUCCUGGAGGAGGCUCCGCUUGUGAAGAUUCCCCGAAUUCUGUGUGUCAUGCACACAGGCCAGACACAUCCCGAUCUCUUUUCCAGGACAGAGGCCAGCUUCAGGUCAGGGGUGGGGAUGCUGAGGGCAGGCGUCCUUUUAGCGUGCAGGGUCCUGGCUGCUGGGACACACUCUCUGUUGCCGCUGCCCUGGGUGCCCUGCCAUUCUCUGUCCACCCAGAGUGAUGGGUCCACAGCUCCACUCUGGCUGCGUCUGGCUGUGGUGGAAGCCACUGACUGACAUUCUCUUCCCAUAUUCUGCCCCCACCCUGCCCCUUUCAGUUGAAUAUGAGGUCAUGCCGGGCUCAGCCCUGUGCUGACUCCAGCCAGCUCCCAGGCCCAGUGUUCUAGAUGCUUCUGUGUGCCCCCACGGGCACCCUCUUCCCUUCUGCUGGCGGAGGGGCUGUGCCGAUGCUGCCCACGCUUAGCACCAAAGCUCGACGACAGUGUUUUUGCUGUGGCUGCUGGGAAUCAUUCAAAGCGGUUUCCUCCUCCUGAGUUUUCCUCAGAAAAACUCUUCAAUGUGGUGAGUGAGGACCUCAUUUAGCUCACUCAAGCUACUUUGAAAAUGUUUAUUUUUUUUAAAUGAAGUGAGAUGUCAGUAGCAGUAAUUGCCUCCAAAUUAAAACACCACUGGUUGCAGGCAUGGUGACUGGUGAACGAAUGUACCCCCACAUGGCGGCUUUGAAUCAAUAAACUAUUUGAGGAUACA